AUGGAAAGUCAAGUCAUCAACCGCGGCGGCAGCAGGCAGGGCGGCCCGCCGGGUGCUCCGAGAAUGUACAAGCAGUCAAUGGCCCAGCGAGCCAGAACUAUGGCCCUGUACAACCCUAUACCGGUGCGACAAAACUGCUUCACUGUCAACCGAUCUCUGUUCAUCUUCAGUGAGGACAACUUUGUGAGAAAAUACGCCAAAAAGAUCACCGAAUGGCCUCCAUUUGAGUACAUGAUCCUGGCUACCAUCAUCGCCAACUGCAUCGUCCUGGCCCUGGAACAGCACCUUCCAGAAAGGGACAAGACACCCAUGUCAGAGCGCUUGGAGGACACAGAACCCUACUUCAUUGGCAUUUUCUGUUUCGAGUCGGGCAUUAAGAUCUUGGCUUUGGGCUUUGCCUUCCAUAAGGGCUCGUACCUACGCAAUGGCUGGAAUGUCAUGGACUUUGUAGUGGUGCUUACUGGAAUCCUGUCCACAGUGGGCUCAGACUUUGAUCUGAGGACGCUGCGUGCUGUUCGAGUGUUGAGACCCCUCAAACUGGUGUCUGGGAUUCCCAGCUUGCAGGUUGUGCUUAAAUCCAUCAUGAAGGCCAUGAUCCCUCUGCUGCAGAUCGGUCUGUUGCUCUUCUUUGCCAUCCUCAUGUUCGCCAUCAUUGGUCUGGAGUUCUACAUGGGCAAAUUUCACACUACUUGCUUUGACAAAAUCACCGAUGAGAUCCGGGAGGAGUUUCCAUGUGGGAAAGAGGCUCCCGCUCGGACGUGUCCUAAUGGAACAGAAUGUAAAAAGUACUGGAUUGGACCUAACUAUGGAAUUACCCAGUUUGACAACAUCCUGUUUGCCGUGCUCACAGUCUUCCAGUGCAUCACCAUGGAGGGCUGGACUGACCUGUUAUACUAUAGCAAUGAUGCUUCAGGGAGUGCAUGGAACUGGAUGUACUUCAUCCCCCUCAUCAUCAUCGGCUCCUUCUUCAUGCUCAAUCUUGUGCUGGGUGUGCUGUCAGGAGAGUUUGCCAAAGAAAGGGAGCGUGUGGAGAACAGGAGUGAGUUUCUUAAGCUGAAGCGUCAGCAGCAGAUAGAGAGAGAGCUGAACGGAUAUCUGGAGUGGAUCUGCAAAGCAGAAGAGGUGAUUUUGGCUGACGAGGACAAUGACCCAGAUGACCGGAUACCCUUUGACGGCUCGCGGAGGAGGCCUACCAUCAAGAAGAAUAAAACAGACCUGCUCGAUGCAGAGGAUGGAGAUGGAGAUAUAGUCUCCUUUCCCUCUCUCCUAAAUCCAGACUUUGCUGAGUUCAUCUUCCUGGGGAUCUUUAUGUCAGAGAUGUGUAUUAAGAUGUAUGGGCUGGGGACCAGACCUUAUUUUCACUCCUCCUUCAACUGUUUUGACUGCAUUGUCAUUUGUGGCAGCAUUUUCGAGGUGCUCUGGGCUAUGAUCCAGCCAGGAACCUCGUUUGGGAUCAGUGUGUUACGAGCUCUCAGGUUACUGAGGAUCUUCAAAGUGACCAAGUAUUGGGCGUCUCUGAGGAACCUGGUGGUGUCUUUGCUGAACUCCAUGAAGUCCAUUAUCAGUUUACUCUUCCUCCUUUUCCUCUUCAUUGUGGUCUUUGCAUUGCUGGGCAUGCAGCUGUUUGGAGGACAGUUUAAUUUUGAAGCUGGCACACCACCAACAAACUUUGAUACUUUUCCUGCAGCAAUAAUGACAGUAUUUCAGAUCCUAACGGGUGAAGAUUGGAACAUGGUCAUGUAUGAUGGGAUCGAGUCUCAGGGCGGAGUCAGAAAGGGCAUGGUCUUCUCAGUCUUUUUCAUCGUUCUUACGCUCUUCGGCAACUACACUUUGCUCAAUGUGUUCUUGGCUAUCGCUGUGGACAAUCUGGCCAAUGCACAAGAGCUGACCAAGGAUGAACAGGAGGAAGAGCAGGCAGCCAAUCAGAAAAUGGCUCUUCAGGCAGCCAAGGAAGUAACAGAGGUCAGCCCACUGUCUGCAGCCAGCCUCUCCAUUGCUGCCGUGACAGUAAACUCUGAGCGUCUUGAUGCAACAGAACACUUUCUGGACUGUAAGGAGCAACAGAAGAACCACAAAGGUUGUAAGUCGGUAUGGGAGCAGCGCACUAGUGAGUUGAGACGACACACCCUGAUGAACAGCAGAGAGGCUCUUUACAAUGAGUUGGACCCUGAAGACCGCUGGAAGGUCUCGUACUCCCAUCACAUUCGUCCCAAUAUGAAGACACACCUGGACCGGCCGUUGGUCGUGGACCCUCAGGAGAACCGCAAUAACAAUACCAACAAAACCCGUCCGGGUGACGGCCAGCCCCAGCGCACUCAUCAGCUCCUGCACAAACAGCCCAACUUCAAUGAGGGGGAGAGUGGAGGAGGAGGGGGAUCUGGGCCCUGGACAGCGUUGGAAAGGGGGGACUCCACAGGAUCCCGUCGGAGUCUUUUAGGCUCUGAGAACCAUGGAGAGGGUAGAGAGUCUCACCGCAGACAUCAGCAUGGCGAGCGCUGCAGCCAGGCCCGCCAACAUCGUAAAGCCGCAGAGGAUGAGGGAGAGGGUAAAGGGAAGAGACAUAGGAAUAAGGGCAGGGAAAGAGGACCUGAGUGUGAGCAUGCAGAUGGAGGAGAGCGGAAACACAGACAUCAUCGCCAUGAGGGCGAAGGAAGAAAAGAGAGAGGGGUCCGGCACCGUACAAGGAAGGAUGGUCAUGGAAGUGGUCUCACUCUCUCCACCACCCGUCCCAUUCAGAAGACUCUGUCCAGGCAGGACAGUCAGUACAGUGAGGACCUGGACAAUGCCAUGAACAACAAGCUUGCCACCCAGCCACCUAGUAACUCCACCCCUCAUGAUAGUCUGCUCAAUCUGGUCAACAGUGCCCACACUGCCAGUCUGGCACACACUGGCAGCGAGAGCAGCCUCAUUCUCACCAACCCUUCCUCUACCACUGCUAAUGUUACCAGCACUGGUCACCUGGGCAUGAACCCCGAUUACACUGCCGUGGACAUUCCCCCGAUGUUCCCCUCCAGUAACGCCAUCCUACAGGUCAAUAAGAAUGCAAACACCGAGCCCCUGCCCAAGAAGGAGGACAUAAAGGGUGAUGAUGAUGAUGAGAAAGAUGAUGGGGGGCCUAAACCCAUGCCACCCUACACCUCAAUGUUCAUUCUGACUACCACCAACCCAUUUCGGAGGUUGUGCCACUAUAUCGUCACGCUCAGAUAUUUUGAGAUGUGUAUUCUGCUGGUCAUUGCAAUGAGCAGUAUUGCCCUGGCCGCUGAAGACCCUGUCUGGCCCGAUUCUCCCCGCAACAAUGUCCUGCGGUACUUUGACUAUGUGUUCACGGGUGUGUUCACCUUUGAGAUGCUCAUUAAGAUGGUAGAUUUAGGUCUUGUCCUGCAUCAAGGCUCAUAUUUCCGUGACUUGUGGAACAUCCUGGACUUUAUAGUGGUUAGUGGUGCCCUGGUGGCGUUCGCCUUCACCGGAGGCAGCGGAGGAAGCAGCAAGGGGAAAGACAUCAGUACUAUCAAGUCCCUGCGUGUGCUCCGAGUACUGCGGCCUCUGAAAACCAUCAAGCGUCUGCCCAAGCUGAAGGCUGUCUUUGACUGUGUGGUGAACUCUCUGAAGAAUGUGUUGAACAUCCUCAUUGUCUACAUGCUGUUCAUGUUCAUCUUUGCUGUGGUGGCAGUGCAGCUCUUCAAAGGCCGUUUCUUCUACUGUACCGAUGAAUCCAAGGAGUUGGAGCGUGACUGCAGGGGCGAGUAUCUUGUCUAUGAAAAAGAUAACGAAGUGCGGGCGCAGAAGCGGGAAUGGAAGAAAUACGAUUUCCACUAUGACAAUGUGCUCUGGGCCCUUCUCACCCUCUUCACCGUUUCUACGGGAGAGGGGUGGCCACAGGUGCUGAAACAUUCAGUGGAUGCGACCUACGAGAAUCAGGGCCCGAGCCCAGGUUACCGGAUGGAAAUGUCCAUCUUUUACGUGGUGUACUUCGUGGUCUUCCCCUUCUUCUUCGUCAACAUCUUCGUGGCUCUUAUCAUCAUUACUUUCCAGGAGCAAGGAGACAAAAUGAUGGAGGAUUAUAGCCUGGAAAAGAAUGAGAGAGCCUGCAUAGACUUCGCCAUCAAUGCUAAACCGCUCACGCGCCACAUGCCUCAGAACAAACAAACAUUCCAGUACCGCAUGUGGGAGUUUGUGGUGUCUCCUCCAUUUGAAUACACCAUCAUGGCCUUGAUUGCCCUCAACACCAUUGUCCUUAUGAUGAAGUAUGAUGGAGCAUCAGAUGCCUAUGAAGCUGUGCUAGCCAACCUGAACAUGGUGUUCACCUCACUUUUCUCCAUGGAGUGCAUAUUAAAGAUCAUUGCCUUUGGAGUUCUGAACUACUUCAAAGACGCCUGGAACAUCUUCGACUGUGUGACUGUACUUGGCAGCAUCACUGAUAUUUUAGUCACAGAGCUAGGGGUAAGUAACAACUUCAUAAAUCUGAGUUUUCUAAGGCUCUUCAGAGCUGCUCGUCUCAUUAAGUUGCUCAGGCAGGGUGAGACCAUACGCAUCCUGCUCUGGACCUUCGUUCAGUCUUUCAAGGCUCUGCCGUAUGUGUGCCUACUCAUCGCCAUGCUGUUCUUCAUCUACGCCAUCAUUGGCAUGCAGCUGUUUGGGAACAUUGCGAUUGAGGAGGAGGGGGAGAGUGCCAUUAACCAGCACAACAACUUCAGGACUUUUUUCCAGGCCCUAAUGCUGCUCUUCAGGAGUGCUACAGGUGAGGCAUGGCAUGACAUCAUGCUGUCAUGUCUGGGAAAGAAGGUGUGUGAUCCUCUCUCUGGUAACGUGGAGGCAGAAUGUGGGAGCGAGUUUGCCUACCUCUACUUUGUCUCCUUCAUCUUCCUCUGUUCCUUUCUGAUGCUGAAUCUGUUCGUGGCUGUGAUCAUGGAUAAUUUUGAGUACCUGACACGUGACUCCUCUAUCCUGGGACCCCAUCACUUGGACGAGUAUGUGAGAAUCUGGGCGGAGUAUGAUCCAGCUGCUUGUGGGCGCAUUCAUUAUAAGGAUAUGUACAGUUUAUUGCGAGUUAUCGACCCCCCUCUGGGCUUAGGCAAGAAAUGUCCUCAUAGGGUGGCCUGCAAGAGACUGUUGCGGAUGGAUCUGCCAGUUGCCGAUGACAACACAGUGCACUUUAAUUCCACCCUUAUGGCCUUAAUCCGAACCGCUCUGGACAUCAAGAUCGCCAAGGGUGGGGAAGGUUUGGCCCUCCUUUUUUCUUUCUUCCCUCAUUCGUUUCUGUUGUUUGAACGGUUGAUGUAUUUGCCUAUAGCUGUUUCAGCGACAGACCUGACAGUGGGAAAGAUCUAUGCUGCCAUGAUGAUCAUGGAGUACUAUCGGCAAAGUAAAGCCAAACGGACACAGGCUGUCCACGAUGAACAGAAUCGAACGCCAUUAAUGUUUCAGCGUCUGGAGCCGCCGUCUCCAAGCCAGGAUGUGGGACAGGGACUUACUGGCCUUCCCGAGACACAACAGCACCCUGCAAAUCAUCUGCCUGUUGAUGACAGGAUCCCGGAGAGCCAAUCAUGGGUGACGGCACGAGCCCAAGAGAUGUCUCAGAAAGCAGGAAGCUGGAGUCCUGAAGGCCAAAACCCAGAUGACACUGCAGAUAACCGCAUACUAUCUCAGACAGUAGAGAUGAGAGAGAUGGGGCGGGACGGGUACUCGGACACUGAGCACUAUCUGCCGAUGGAAGGCCAUGGCAGGGCUGCUUCCAUGCCUCGACUCCCAGCAGACAACCAACAGACUAUCACUGAUAACAGUCCGAUGAAGCGUUCAGCUUCAUCUUUGGGGCAUGGGCGUCAAGGCCGUUCAGUGCGGGGUGAGGACUACGCCAUGGACAGGGUUAUCCCAGAAGAGGGUCACAGACAUGGGCAUCGCCACCGAGACCGCAGUCACCGUGCGUCUGAGCGCUCCCUGAGCCGUUACACUGAUGCUGACACAGGUCUUGGCACUGACCUCAGCACCACCACACAGUCAGGAGACCUGCCAUCCAAGGAGAGGGACCGGGGCCGGGCCAAAGACCGCAAGCACCACCAUCAUCACCAUCACCACCACGGUUCUCUAGAUAAGGAGCACUACGGACAUGAGAGAGAACGAGGGGACUACGGCCACAAACAGUCUAAAGAGAGAGACCGCCGCUGGUCCCGCUCACCGAGUGAGGGCAGAGAGUGCCUGACUCACAGACAGGGCAGUAGUUCAGUAAGCGGCAGUCCAGUCCCCUCCACCUCUGGGACCAGCACGCCCCGCCGCGGCCGGCGUCAGCUACCCCAAACCCCCGCUACGCCCCGACCCCACGUCACCUACUCUCCCGUGGUCCGUAAGCCCAUUGGCGGCACUCCCCCUCCAGGCCAGCAAAACCGACUCCCCGCUCCGUCCUCCCGUCGGUUCAGUCCGCCCGGCCCCGAGCCCCCGCUUCCCCCUCACCACCACCCGUCGCCUCCCCACCACGGCUCUCCUCGCUCCACCCGUCACGCGCACUGGGGCCCCGGCCCUGUGGAGAGCGUGGAGGGUGACGGUUUCUACGAUGACCAAGACUACGAGUUCAAUCACCACAAGCCUCCGUCCUACGAACAAAGCCCUGUGCAGGGCAACCCUCACCCACAUUCCCCCAAGACUUCCCGCCAUAGCACCCCACCUCAGGGCCAGCCACAUCCGCGACGCAUGCCAAAUGGCUACCGUUCACCCUCUCCCCACCCCCACACCCCCACCCACCAGGGAAUUCAUAAGCCUCCUCAUCCCAGAGGGCCCAGGAAGGGCCUCCAUGAACCCUACAGUGAGACUGAUGAGGAUGACUGGUGCUAGCCUCUGGGAUGGGGAGGGGUGAGUCCUUCCACGCUCUCUGGAACGGACUGCCGCCAUGCGGAGCACCAACUCGCGGUGAAACAAUACUCUCACUGGAUUGGCCGAUCUGUCCGGGGAAGCACUAGACAGUGCUCUGAAUGUUCACAGGGGAAAUCAAGGCAUGAUUUGUUUCUUUCUAUUUCUCGUUUCUUUUCCGAUUCCUCUGCUGCCGAGUGUUUCCCUGAAAGUGACGGACCGCUGACAGUGAAUAUGAAGACUUAUGAAUAUGAAAUCCUGUUCUUAGCCUUUUUCUGAAGAAUACAAAAAUUGUUUUGAUAAGGAGGAGGAAUGUCUGAACUUUUUUUCCCAGGACAUUUCACACAGUCCCUCCAGAAAUGAGAUGCUAGGAACUCUAGCACUCAUUUAAAAAAAAAAAAGAAAAGAAGGUGAUCACUUUUUGUUUCACAGAUUUUGACUGGAGAUUUGUUUAUUGCAAAAAUCAGUCCAGAUGCUGGGAAAUGUCGAUGAGUUUUAUCAUCUGUGUUUACUGUUGUUAAUUAUUCCAGUGAGGGGGAGGCAUUUGUCCAUGUGGGUAAGUUGUGGGUGGGAGUUGGAGAUGGACAUAGGUGAACUCACCUGAACUAAAAUAGGAAAGCCCACCCUGCACUUCAGACCCCCAGGCGCAAGUAAGAAGAAUCACAAAAAAAUAAGAAGAAGAAGAAAAAAAAGAAAAAGCUCCUCACUCUUUCUUCUUCUACGGCUUCGUCUUCUGCUUCUCAUUGGAAACCUUGGGAGUUUGAAUCUUCUGUUGCACUGCCCAGCUUUGUUUGAACUCCCAGAAAAUAAAUUCUUUGGAAAUUCUGCAUGAUUAAAAAAAAAAGGAAUAAAAAAA